AUGGAACCAGAUCAAGAUUAUUCACUAUUUUUUGAAACAGAAACACAUCAUGCGACAUAUGGUGCUACAAGGAUGCUCACAAUCAAUAUCCACCGGUUCAAUACCAAUGAAGACAACAUUUCAAUUCCUCUGGAAUUUGCAACUACAAAUGUUGGAUCCCUUACGGAUUCAACAUUUACAGUCCUCCAAUAUACGCUCAUAUGUCAGAACAUCAGCACUUAUUCUUCCCUGAGAAUUGCUGAGAAAACGUCAACAUACGUAUCGGAAAUGGUUUCGUCUCUCAACAACUAUGAACAAACAAAUGUACACAUUAUUUUACAUUUGACUCAUUUUAAUCCUCCUUCACUUUACAUGAUGGAGAUACAAACUGCUGCAUCAGUUGUGGAAUCUGAUGUGACGAUACAAACAACAAAAGAUGAGUACGAAGAAUGUACCAUAUGCAUGGACAUAAUUUCAGAGGGUCAAAAUAUGAAUUCAUUGCAAUGUGGUCAAAUAUAUCAUCAUGAAUGCAUCACUAAUUGGGUCAAAAUCAACGAUAGUUGUCCUCUAUGUAGAGAGACAAUCUUUUAA